GCUUCCGAAGGAUGGUGUUGUGUUAGAGGGAGUGGGAGAGGAGGGUGAGGGGUACCCACAAAGAUGUUGCGUGAUUUUUUGGAAAUUUAUUUAUUUAAAUAAAAAUGGCCGCCGCAGAGAGCGGAGAGGAGAGACUAGGUGAGGACAAGAAUGAAGACCAGGAGGGCUCAAAAGACAAGACACAGAAGCAGAAGAAAAACAAAAAGGAACGGCAAGAUGUGGAAAAACUCGAGGCCACAGUAUCUGUUCCUCCUCCCCCGCGCCUCUUUACGCAGGGGGAUGUCGGACAACAGGCGGAGGCAGGGAAGUCUGAACCCAUUGACCCCGAAGUUGGAGCCGCUCUCAGCGCUCCAGAAUCUUCUGCAUCAGCCAAGCAGCGGCGCUCCAUCAUUCGGGACAGAGGCCCACUGUAUGACGACCCUUCACUGCCUCAAGGUUGGACGCGCAAGCUGAAACAGCGCAAGUCGGGCCGAUCUGCUGGCAAAUUUGAUGUCUACCUGAUCAACCCAGAAGGGAAAGCCUUCCGUUCCAAAGUGGAGCUCAUGGCGUACUUCCAAAAGGUGGGCGAUACCACCACGGAUCCCAAUGACUUUGACUUCACAGUGACUGGCCGAGGAAGCCCAUCUCGUAGAGAAAAGAGACCGCCAAAGAAGCCUAAAGUGGUCAAACCCUCCGGUCGUGGGAGGGGCCGCCCAAAAGGCAGCGGCAAGGUACGGCAGGCCACGGAAGGGGUGGCGGUAAAGCGUGUCGUAGAAAAGAGUCCGGGAAAACUCCUUGUAAAGAUGCCCUUUGUUGCACCUAAAACUGAACAGGGGGCUCCAUUGGGGCAAGCGGCAGUUGCCAAAGUGCGCCGAGGGCGCAAACGGAAAUCGGAACAGGAACCGCCGAGCACCCCCAAAAAACGUGGGCGCAAGCCAGCAGCUGCUUCUCAGUCAGCAGUGGGGACAGGCUCAGCCGCCGCGUACGCUGCCGCGGCCAUUCUCUCCGCAGAGGCCAAGAAAAAAGCUCAGAAGGAGUCUUCCUUAAAGCCUGUUCAGGAGAGGGCGCUUCCUAUCAAGAAACGCAAAACUCGAGAGACUUUGGAGGAGUUGGAGGGAUCUACCACCUCUGGAACCACACCGACGGAGACGUUUGCAAAACGACUGAUUACAUCAACUGUGACCCCUGCAGGUGAGGAGGUAGAAACGGGACAGAGGCCUCACAAGCAUCCCGGCCGGAAGCACAAAGAGGCAUCCACAGACCCAGGGAACGGCAGCAGCAGCAGCGGCAGCGGAACGGCAACCAGCGGCGGAGGACUGAAGAGUCACAAGAAGAGAGAUCAGCGAGGGCAGCACUUUAAACACCACCACCAUCAUCACCACCACCAACACCACCACCUGCAGGCCAUGCCGCCCUCCACCUACACUCCGCAGGCUCACCAGCUCUCCCUGGGUCACUCCACGCACGGGGGGCCGCCGGCGCCUGCGACCAUGGAGAACGAACCCCAGGACUUAAGCACCUCCAGGCCGAAAGCGGAGCACGUGGCCUGCAGGGAGGAGGCGAGAACUGAAAGCUCCUCAAGCAGGGACGCUCAGAACGCAAGCAAGAUGGCCUCCGCUGACCUGAGAGGGCAGCAGACGACUGUGAUGGGAGAAGGCAAGGAGAUGAGAGACAUUGUUCCUCCCUCCGCCGUCCCGAGGCCGAGCCGAGAGGAAACGGUCGAGUCCCGGACACAAGUGAGCGAACCAGUGAGCUGACUGACUAAGUGACCGAUUGGCAGCGGCGUCGCGUGUGAAGAAGCGGAGGCGGUCGCAGCAAGACGAGUGAUUUUUCGUUCUUUUUUACUGAGGAAAAAAGAAAAAGGAAACAAAAAUAUACACAAAUGUAAACGUACUGAAACAAAAGGCAGCUGUUGUGUCUCGUUCUCUCUGUGGGUUGGACGCGGGGCGAUAAUUCUCUUGCUUCCGGAUGAAUUCUCUGCUAACCUUUUUCUUUACUUUUAUUUCCCACUAUAUCUUUGUAUUAGUAUAUCUUAGCACUCACUUAGACCCCUUAUUCCUUUGUCAGUGCUUGUAGGAAGUAGAAACGCACUCAAGUGGUAAUGGAUGCACAAGUCACACGCCAUAGUAAGUGAAACUUUCUGAUCAAAUUGCUCUCGAAAGAACUAAAAUGCCUCAUAGUCAUGUCAUCUCAACCCUAGUAAAAAGGUGUCCUAUCAGUGUGUUCUCCCUUUUGUGUCAUUAAAUGAAGGGGCAAAUCAGACGUAAAGA